UGUAGAUAGAAACGCUUCAUUUCACAUCAAACUUCUUAUUUCCUUAGAAGAGUAAAAUAACCUGGCUUGAAAGAAAGAAAGAAAGAAAGAAGAUGUCAGCCUCGGCCAAGCCUCUGACCUCAUUUUUAAUACGUGAUAUUUUGUCAGACGGCAUAGGAGUUCGCUGGGACUCGAAAGGCUGGAGCGGUGACUGCGCUCCUCUUCAAAGAUGCAGUUUUGCAUGGGUGCUCGAGAGCGCAGUUGGAGAAACACCGGAAAGGCAGCCGAAAAAAGCGAAUGGGCAACAGAAAGAAUCAGAAACGCACGGAGACCGAGGCCUUACAGACAAGCUCUCCCCAGAGAGCUCAGCAGGAGUGCUGAGGCAGAAGCGCACCAGGGCUGCCUUCUCACAGGUUCAGGUCCUCACACUAGAGAAGACAUUCAAUCAACAGAAAUAUCUCUCAGCCUCUGAAAGAGCUCAUUUGGCUCAGAGUCUCCAGUUGACGGAGACUCAAGUAAAGAUUUGGUUUCAAAACAGGAGAUACAAAACCAAACGCAAGCUGCUGGCUUCUGAAGUCAGAGGAGGAGAAGCUCUCCGGAAAGUAGCAGAGUGUCCUGCAGUGAUGGCCACAAAAAGUGUCAUGGAAGCCUCACUGCUUGGAGCCAUGUUCAGAGCCUACCAGAGCCCUCAGCCAUACCUGUUCGGGAUGAAUUCGUGGAGCUCUGCUGUUUGGUAAAAAUCCCAAAGGUGUAGUCAAUGUAUAAAAAACAAUAGUGCAAUUUUUGUUACACAGUAUAUUUUAGCUGAGAUGCAGCAUUUAGAAGAACAACCCCAAAAUGAGAUGAACAAGGAGAAAUGAUAUUACUAUUAAAACUAUGAAAUGGAGUAACAAACAUCUAGGCCACUGUAAACGUUGAUAAAAUCCAUGAUGAGUACCUACUUCACUGUUUACACAGCAAUGCAGUUAUUGUGUGUAUUGUAAUGAAAAAGGCCUUUUCAUGAUUUGUAUUUCUGGUACCUACUUUUGAAAAAGUAGCCCUUAAAACUAUGCAUUAUUCGCUAAAAAUGACAAUGACUUAUUUUUUUAUUCCAAAAAAAAAGUGCACAUAUUUAAACUACCAUUACAAUGAUUUCAUUUUUCUAUAUUAGAAAUAAUAAAACAAAGGGCUUGUUUAUCAAGCCUGCGUUAAGUGUUGUAUGGAAUUUCUUUUGGUGUACAGCCUUACUGUGAUUCAUUUAUCUUAUCUUUUUUAAGGAAACACUGGGUCAUUUAUUACUUGUGUGUUGUACAACCUUUUGUAUAUUACAAAUUUGUAUUAAAUUUUUAUUUAUGAAAGAUUUUCUUAGAGAAAGCACACCUCUACUGCUGUAACUGGAAAGUCUGUUUCCAUUUCUUGUUUUGUAUGGUUUGUAUUUUUGUACAGUUUUAUACUUUUAUAAUUUAAUAAACCUUCCAUUUUCCAGA